AGCAUCGCAGCCUGGCCACCAUCGUGUAGAACCAACAAUGUCUGAUAGAGAAGGUCACAUAGGCCCAGGAUCGUCCGACGACGAUUUGUCGCUGCCCAAGGCGACAGUCGCAAAGAUGAUCAACGAGCUACUCCCAAGCGAUGUCACAUGUGCAAAGGAGACACGAGAUCUGGUCAUCGAGUGCUGUGUAGAGUUUAUUCACCUGAUAUCCUCCGAAGCAAACGAAAUAUGCGAGCAAGAGUCAAAGAAAACUAUAGCACCAGAGCAUAUCAUUGGCGCGCUCAAGCGUCUUGGUUUCGACUCAUUCACGACCGAGGUCGAAGACGUCCUGAAAGACCACAAACAGCAGCAAAAGGAUAGGGAGAAGAAGGCUGAUAAGAUAAAAGACUCCGGACUAACUCCCGAGGAAUUGCAAGCAAAGCAGGAGGAACUGUUUGCUCUCAGCCGUGCAAAAUUUGCGCAACCUCAGCAACAGCAACAGCAACUGCCACAACCCCAGACAUAGGACACUAGCAUUAUUUCCACCCUGGCUUAAUAUCCUUGCGUGCAUUUCUCUCCCACCUACAUAUAUUGUAUUGUCUGGACUGUAUACAUCAGCG